AACGGGUAAUAUAUGCAAUACCUUAAGCCUUCUCAAACUUUUCCUUUGACACUAUAGCACCAAUAAGCAUUUUGUCCGUUUUACUUGAAUAAUUAAUAAAGUGGCCUGUGAGAGAUAAAAGAGAUGGAGCUUGGUCCCAAUUGGCAUAUUGUUCAAAUUAGAGUUCGUGUCUCAACCAUAAGGCCGGAAAAAACCUCAAAGUUACGCUAGCAUGUCGUCGGAAACUAAACGCUGGGGAACUCGUCCGUUUUGGGGCUUGUCCUUUGAUUAUGACCCACAGUGGUUCUUGACAGAGGAGCAAAAAGAAAUACAAAAACGACUGAUUGACCUUUGCAGAACAACUCUGAGGCCUAAUGCGUUAGUAUCGGAUCAGCGUUACGAGUUUCCUUACAAGAACAUGAAGGCUUUAGCCUCGCAAGGCCUUUUGGGACUAAUUAUACCAAAGGAAUACGGUGGCCUGGGUCAGAAUCACGUGUGUAUGGCUAUGGUUGUGGAGACAAUAGCACGAUAUGGCUGCCCGAGUACUGCCAUGGUGUGUGUUAUGCACUACAUUGCUGUGAGUGCACUGCUGUUACGCCAUCACAGUAAUGCUCGAGUCCAAGACCUUCUACUUCGUGUAAACAAGGAUGCUCUGAUAGGGACAGUGUCAUACAGCGAUCCAGCCACAGGUUCAGUGCGGUUUUUUGUUUAUAACCAUACGUUGAGCUGUGUUAAAUAUUUUUAAAAAUGGACGGUUAACAAUCCAUUCGUCUCUCACUUGGCUAUAAAAUCUGUUUGAUAAGAACUCCUUGUUACCGAUCUUCCAGGACCGAGGUUUUUGUGUUUUAAAACAUGUGAUAAAUUUAACUUACACAGUAACAAGAAUUAUGACUUUGCUACUAGGCGGACACUUCUGGUACCCAAUGUCUUCUCGGACUCAAAUGACAGCGGAUGGAAGAAUCAAGUUACUGAAGUGCGGAUCGUGGGCUACCAGUGCUGGUUUUGCUGAUUUCUAUGUGAUUAUCACAACAAGUCCUCAGUUUGACGGGAAUUUCUCGAAUAUGUCAUGCUUUCUACUUUUUAAGGUGUGCAGUAAAUGUAGAGAUGUAUUUAUGACGGAUGCUAUAGGAAGGGUUAAGGAGACCCAUCGGUGGCGUGGGUUAAUAGCGACUAUGUCGAACGUGAGACUUUGAAUUCUUAUCGUACUGUCAUGGUCAACUGCAGGAUGUGUUUUAUUUUAUCAAGAAGCCAUUUUCUGAGUUCUUCUCUUUUCCCAGGUACGUCGACAACUUAUUAUUCAGGCAAAUUUAGACUGGCAAAAUCCAAUUAUCACUGCCAUCAGCAAGCGAACAUUUCAUCUUGGGGAAAUAACCUAUUUACGUUAUAUUAUAGAAAUCCUUGUUAUGUGGUAUUGUGUUCUAGCCUGGUUCUAGCUUAAUUUUCCAAGAAGGAUUACGCUUAAAUGUUACAAUCACAUGUCAGCCUUUAAUCGCUGUAAGUAUCAAGUUACUCCAGCUGUUAUUUUAGGAUGACGUUCGAGCCAACACCGAAGAUUGGU